AUGAAAAGAAUGAAAAUUUCACUAUUUUUACUGGGAUUAUUGGGUUAUUCAUUAGCUGAUAGAACUUUUAAAAGAUGCGAAUCAAUUGCAGACCCAAAGUUAAGCGAUAAACAUCAACCAAGUAUAGAUAUAAUAAACGUUGAGCAAGAUACACAUGUUAUAUUAUAUCAUAUCAUAGAUCUACCAAAGACAAAUAUUCCAUUUCAUUUUAAUGAUCAAUAUGAUUUCAAAAAUGAGGAUUUAAAGUUAUGCACCCAAGAUUUAAUAGAAUCUGGUGUAUGCUCAGCUGAAGAAGGAUUUACAUUAAUAACUGAUCAAAAUACAGAACUAAAUGAUAUAAUUGUGAAUAAGAUUAUUAAAGUUGGUGAAACUUUCCAUUAUCCAAUUGGAAACCCUGGUGUAUUUUGUGCUAUUGGUUAUCAUGAAUUCUCUUCCUAUAAGCCACCAUUGAGUAUCAUCCAUUCACAACCUUUUGGAUUCAUAACACUUGAAGAGCAUAUUUUCAAAAACAUUCUUUACUAUUUCAACUUUCUUUGUGUUGGGUUAUCAAUUAUAUUUAUAAUAUCAAAGAAAUUGAAAGAACACAAUAAAUUUUCCACAAAUACUAAAAAUCAAUACUUAACUUCAACACUAGUAAAUAUUUUGCUCAUUUCAUUAUCAUCUUUUAUCAUUAAUAUAAACCAAUAUUUGGUUUUGAUGUUAAAAGAAAGACGUGAUAUAGUCAAUGAAGGGAAUACAUUUUAUACCUGGGCUAUUAUACAAACUAUUCUAAUAAUUAACUUUGCAAUUAGGUUUGUUAGAUCGAGUGAUAUUUAUGCAACUUGUUUGAACUUUAGAUCAUCAUCAGAGAUUAAACUUGAUAAAAGUUUCCACUUCUUUACCGUUUUAGUUAUAUUAUAUCAUCUUGGAACACUUCUUAAAGAUUCUGGACAAUUGAAUACCAUUGGUAUUGAAAGUUUGAAAUAUCCAAGUGGGCUCAUUAUCUUAGGUAUCAUAUUCAAAAUUUCUAAAAAACCAUUGAAUGACAAUAAAUUAGAUAUGCAUUAUAGAUUAAGAUUUCAAAAAACAAGAAGAUUAGUGAUGCUCACUAUUAUUGGGGCUUGGAUAAUACGUGGUAUUUAUAAAAUUGUCAAUAAAUUCAUUCAAAGUUUUAAAAUUGGUAAUAUAAAUAUUAAUGAUAUUUCAAAAUUACAAUAUAAUCAAUUGAAGACUAUUUUAACUUUAGAAGAAACUGCUAAAUAUGAUGUUCUCUCAGUAUUUAUUAAUAGAAUUGAUUACUGUGCUCCUUUAAUAAUAUUUAUCGGUUCUUUAAUCAUUUGGAAAGGUGUUAGAUACGAUACUUUGAAAGAAAGUAAUGGAUCAAUAGAUCAAUCAACUAAAAAAGUUGAAGAUUUGAAUAAUUUAGAUGAUAAUAAAAUUUCAUUAGAUAACUUGAAAGCCAGAAGUCAGACGAAUAAUAUUAAUUUAGAUUAUAUAUAA